CAUGUGGGCUCCUUGCCCAUCCGUCCGCUAAGACCCUCACUAAACCUCACUACCGAUCCUUCUUGACAUGUGGGAGUAUCUGUUUCGUCGAUUUUCACUUCAUUGAUAACGAAAAGUGCGAAUUGUGGAAUGCCUGCGUCUUGUUGCACGUUGAUCUUCCGCCCUUCCGCAUCAUUGCGACGACGUGUCUCUCUCAGCUUGGUUCAAUCCCUCCUCACAACGGAUCAGGUCAAUGCUACCCCUCUUUCAAUAUGCAGGACUAGCCACAUCCAAGUCACCACGACCAACAAUCGGCACUUCUCAAGGCUUCUGGGAAAACCGUAGCGACUGACACGACCGGGUCGACGGGCAAGCAGACGGCCUCUCCUUCAUCCAGCAACUUCAACUUCGCCUCGUCCGUCUCGAUCCCCAAUGUCUAAAGUUAUUCUCGUUGGGACCUCGUGCCAAAGAUCUUUCCAAUGGCGGGCUCCGAUGCUGCGAAGCACAAAAAGGCACAACCGCACCCCUAUCUUAGCGGCAACUUUGCGCCGGUCCAUCAGACUGUGCCGUUGACACCAUGUACCUACACAGGCACAAUACCAGAAGAGCUCGUGGGAGGGGAGUAUGUUCGGAAUGGAGGGAAUCCCGUCUCGAACGAGGACCUCGGCCGGGAUGCGCACUGGUUCGAUGGAGAUGGUAUGCUGAGUGGAGUGACAUUUACCAGAACGACCGAUGGAGUCCAGCCUGAGUUCGUCAACCAGUAUGUUUUGACAGACAUCUUUUUGUCCACCAUCGCGUCACGGCGCUUGCGUACCCCUCUUUUGCCCAGUAUCGCUGCGCUGGUCAACCCGCUUUCGUCCCUGUACAAGGUCAUUUUCCUGGUGUUUCGGACCGUCAUCUUUGUGAUCCUGUCGUGGUUGCCGGGCUCGACACAGGUCAUCAAAAAGAUCAGCGUCGCCAAUACCGGCAUCAUUUUCCACGAUGGCCGGGCUCUGGCCACCUGCGAAUCAGGUCCGCCCAUGCGAGUCAGCCUUCCAAGCUUGGAAACCAUUGGCUGGUACAAUGGUAAGAGAGCAGAAGGCGAGCCCGGAGGCGAAGAAGGCCCAGGCUUCGGAGGUGAAGGCAUACUCGGCUUCAUGAGGGAAUGGACGACUGCGCACCCAAGGGUAGAUCCCCGGACAGGAGAGCUGAUACUCUUCCAUUCAACCUUCGCGCCACCGUACGUCCAUUACUCAAUCAUUCCUUCUACUCACAAACCCAUCGUGUCGACAACACCAUUGGAAAGGCCGACGAGGCUGCUAAAUGCUCCCAUCCCCGGGAUAGCAUCGGCCAAGAUGAUGCACGACUUUGGUGUUUCUUUCAACCACACCGUCAUCAUGGACCUACCGCUGUCUCUUGACCCCCUCAACCUGGCCAGGAACAUGCCGGUAGUGGCCUAUGACCCCAUGUCAAAGUCUCGAUUUGGGGUCUUUCCGAGAAAUUCGCCAGAGCUUAUUCGCUGGUUCGAGACCAAGGCUUGUUGCAUAUUCCACACCGCCAAUACCUGGGACGAUCAAGUCAUUAACAAAGAGACUGGUCGAGUGGACACGAUCAGCGUCAACAUGCUGGUCUCUCGAUUGACGUCGGCUUCGCUGGUUUUCUCGGCCGGUAAUGUUGCCGCACCGCAGCCGACAACCCUCAACGGCACCGAAGAAGAGGAACAGUGUCGACCGUAUUAUUAUCAAUUUGGCAUGGAUGAUUUCAGGUGCAACCGGAUCAACCACCAAUUUGCCUUGAGUGCCGUUCCCUUUGAGUUUCCGAGUGUCAAUGAAGAAUACGUCAUGGGACGAGUCAGAUACAUUUAUGGCUGUUCAACCUCCGAAGGCUCAUUUGGCGCUGCUCUCGGCAGAGCAGUCAAAAUCGACUGCCUGGUCAAAGUCGACGCGGAGACCUUGAUCAGCCGAGGAAAGAAAGACCCGAGUCUUGUCUCGGUCACUGGAUGCGUAGACAUGAGGACAAUUCCAGACAUUAUCAGCGCCGACAGGAGCAAAGAGGAUCCGAUCUCGGUGUUUCAACUGCCACCUGGAUGGUACGCUCAGGAACCUCGCUUUGUGGCACGUCACAAUGGUGAAGGCGAAGAUGACGGGUGGUUGUUGACCUACGUCUUUGAUGAAUCCCAGUUGGAUGAGGAUGGCGAGUGUCGACCUGAUGCCAUCAGUGAACUGUGGAUCAUUGACGCAAGAGACAUGACUACCAUUGUUGCUCGGAUUCAGUUGACCCAAAGGGUCACUUAUGGUCUCCAUGGCAGCUUCAUCACUGAAGAUCAGAUCAAAACUCAAAGACCUAUUGAAACGAUUCGCGGCAUCAAGGAACUGGAUCACCUCAAAUCGGAGGGUGGUCUCUGGUCAAGGGCCAGAAACCGACUCGAGGGAUUCCUCGGAUGAUCUACCUACCUAGUUACACAAAGUCCAAUAAAUAACCCUAGACGACGACAGCCGUCUUCUUUUUUUCUGAUGUGGUGGAGUGGCUUUUUGGGGCGGGUUUUGAUUCGUUUUCCUCACAACAAGAAAUUCAGUAUUGAUAAACGGAGAAACUGUAUAGAUUUAAGAAUUAUUCCCGCAAUGCUAAGGAGGACCUAUUUUGUGAUUUUGUGAGUCGGUAAACAACAGCAAAGCGCUCAGGAUGAGAUGUAUUUGGGUCAUGUUUCGUUCAUUUCUAGCAAGAGGUCUCGGCCAAUAUUCGUCCUUGCAAUGUCCCUGUAUUCUCUUUCGGUUCUGGCCGAAUAUGCGUUUGAGGGCCUCGAGGGUUGAAGGAGAGAGAAAAAAAAUGAGAACUUUGUUCGUGGUGACAACGAAAAGUCGGUCAACCCUGGAGUAGAUAUCUACCUACAUACCUAGUAAGUAGUAUGGUACUUAAUCUGUGCCCCCUUAAAGGCCCUGGAGGGUCAAAGAUUAUU